UGCCAAUCAGAGCAGCUCCUUCUCAGACCCCUCCCCUGCUUCGGGGAGAUUUAUAGUGAACUUCUGCUCCGCUUCAAUGUUGCUUCAACCUCUCAAAGUCCUGAGCAGUCAGGGGUCCACACAGCUGCAGGAUUAUGGCACCAGCAAAGAAGGGAAUUUUGGAGCGUCUUGACGCUGGGGAGAUCGUGAUCGGCGAUGGAGGUUUUGUGUUCGCCCUGGAGAAGAGAGGCUACGUGAAGGCCGGUCCCUGGACCCCUGAGGCAGCCGCAGAGCACCCUGAAGCAGUGCGACAGCUGCACAGGGAGUUCCUGAGGGCUGGGGCCAACGUCAUGCAGACCUUCACCUUCUACGCCAGUGAUGACAAACUGGAGAACAGGGGCAACAAGCUCAGCUUCACUGGAGCUCAGAUCAACGAGGCCGCCUGCGAUCUGGCCCGUGAGGUCGCCAACGAGGGUGACGCUCUGGUUGCCGGAGGAGUGUGUCAGACUCCAUCCUACCUGAGCUGCAAGAGUGAGACAGACGUGAAGGCCAUCUUCAAGAAACAGCUGGAUGUUUUCGUUAAGAAAAAUGUGGACUUCCUGAUUGCUGAGUACUUUGAGCACGUUGAGGAGGCUGUGUGGGCUGUGGAGGUGCUGAAGGAGACUGGGAAGCCUGUGGCUGCUUCUCUUUGUAUCGGACCAGAGGGAGACAUGCACGGCAUCUCUGCUGCAGAGUGUGCCGUCAGGCUGGUCAAAGCCGGUGCCCAGAUUGUUGGAGUCAACUGCCACUUUGACCCAAUGACCUGUGUGAACGCUGUCAAGUUGAUGAAGGAGGGAGUGGAGAAGGCCGGGCUGAAGGCUCACUACAUGGUGCAGCCCCUGGCAUACCACACCCCCGACUGCAACUGCCAGGGAUUCAUCGAUCUGCCAGAGUUCCCCUUCGGUCUGGAGCCCAGAAUCCUGUCCCGCUGGGACAUGCACAAGUACGCCAGAGAGGCCUACAACGCUGGCAUCCACUUCAUUGGUGGCUGCUGUGGCUUUGAGCCCUAUCACAUCAGGGCUGUUGCUGAGGAGCUGGCCCCCGAGAGAGGCUUCCUCCCAGUUGCAUCAGAGAAACACGGCAACUGGGGUGCUGGUCUGGAGAUGCACACCAAGCCUUGGGUCAGAGCCAGAGCCCGUCGUGACUACUGGGAGAACCUGAAGCCAGCCUCUGGUCGUCCUCUGUGCCCCUCCAUGUCCACCCCCGAUAGCUGGGGUGUUACCAAGGGCCACACUGACCUCAUGCAGCAGAAAGAAGCCACCUCUCAGGACCAACUCAAGCAGCUGUUUGACAGGACAAAGAGCCACUGAAUCCGUAUGUGUCUUUCAGACAGCUGGCAGCAGACCUGAGUCGUACAGCCGUGCCGUGCAGCUGCUGACGCUUCAGUGGUGGGCGCUAUCUGUAUACAGUGCUGCAGCAAACGUAAUGUCAGGGGCCGAAUCUUGACUUGAGACUGUUGCUGUUCUGUGCAAUCUGUUGAUUGUGAGCCUGUCUUUUGUAUGUAGCCACAGGGGCAUCUCAAGUCAGGAGUCGGCCCGUGUUAAGAUCGGGACCUUUUUGUUUUCCAUGAGUCUGGACCAGUUUGUUAAAAAACACCUAAUAAAAUGUGAAUUGGC